UUUCACUUCUCUCUCUCUCUCUCUCCAUUGCUAAAUUUGGCAGACGAUUCUCUCUCUCUCUCUCUCUUCGAAAAGUCUCGCAUCUUAGGGUUUUCUUUUUGUUUUUGUUUCUUCCAAUGGUUGAUGAUCGCUGAUUCAUUGGAGUCGUCGCCAAUCGCGUAUUGGGAUCAGAUAUUCUCCCGGCUUUGUUCUUGUGUGAGCAAAUUCUCAACUUCGUGCUUUAGUUCGGGUUUUCGGCUAUUGAUUUUCGGGAGUUGAUCGAAUCUCGGGUUGAUUAGGUCAUUUCGUGCGGCUUCGCCGAGGGAAUCACUUUGUUGGCUGAAGCCGGUUGGAGGUCGAUCUGGGAAGUCGUGCGGCGGAGGAUGGUUUGUAAUUGUUCCGGUUCGGAAACAAAAAUAGUGGACGUGACGAUUUUUGGGGGUAAAUUCUGAUUGGCUAGAGGUGGUUUAAUUGGUUGUUUUCGUGGGUUCAUGAGCGGUGAGCUGAUUUGGGUUUGUUACUGUUGGAAGGGGUAACUUCUGAAUUCGAUUUAUGUCAAUUAGGGAAUUCAGGGCUGAUUUGAAGUGGUUUAGACUUUACAUACUGUUAGUUUGCAGGAGGAAACAAGUUGGAAGCUUUUGGGUUUGCUUGCUGGACGUUCUCUCUGUAGUUGAUUGAUAAUUCAAGGUAUUUCCUUCUAAAGGGUAAGGUUGGUGGCUUUGGCCUGACAGUGAAGGUAUUUGGGCUCAUUCCUUUGGAUUUUGGAAUUUAUUGGGGCACUUGCGUGAAGUACAUAAGGGAAUCUGAAGUUUGAAUUGUAAAGCAAGGGCUUGUGAGUUAAGAAAUUCUACUGGGGUUGGUUUGAUCUAUGAUUUUGGAGGAAAUAUGGCUGCUGGUGCAGAUUUAUCUUGUCCAUUCACGGUAUUAGAAAGUGGUUGCAAUAGGGAAGAUACAGCUGAAGAUGAGAAUUUGGAGAAUGUGAGACAGUUGGCAAAUGGGAAACCUCCAAGGCACCUCUCGGUAAUGCGGCAUUCUGUGGGCUCUGCAAGGUUUCUUGCUGCAUCUGACUUUGAGUCUGAUGUGGGCAUUUUUGGAAGUAAGUCUCCUGAUGAAAGAUCAGAAUUUGUACCUGUGUUCCGCUCUGGAAGUUGUGCUGAAAGAGGGCCUAAACAAUACAUGGAAGAUGAACACAUUUGCAUAGAUAAUCUUGCUGAACAUUGUGGGACAAUGGUGGGCUGCCCCCAUUCUGGAGCUUUUUAUGGGGUAUUUGAUGGUCACGGAGGUACCGAUGCAGCACUGUUUGUUCGGGAUAACAUCCUAAGAUUCAUAGUUGAGGAUUUGCAUUUUCCAGCCAGUGUGGAGAAUGCCAUUAAAAGUGCCUUUUUGAAAGCCGAUUAUGAGUUUGCUGAUGCCAGUUCAUUGGAUAUCUCUUCUGGCACCACAGCUCUCACUGCUCUGAUUUUUGGACGAACUAUGUUUGUUGCUAAUGCUGGGGAUUGUCGAGCUGUUCUGGGGAAAAGAGGGAGAGCUAUUGAGCUGUCCAAGGACCACAAACCCAAUUGCACAUCUGAAAGGUUAAGGAUUGAGAAACUCGGGGGGGUCGUUUAUGAUGGCUACCUCAAUGGCCAGUUGUCUGUGGCUCGUGCCCUUGGAGAUUGGCACAUGAAGGGCCCAAAAGGUUCUGCUUGUCCUCUCAGCGCAGAGCCGGAGUUGCAGGAGACCGACUUGACCGAAGACGAUGAGUUCCUAAUCAUGGGCUGUGAUGGCCUGUGGGAUGUGAUGAGCAGCCAGUGUGCUGUUACGAUAGCAAGGAAAGAACUGAUGUUGCACAAUGAUCCCGAAAGGUGCUCGAGAGAGCUAGUCCGGGAGGCACUAAAGCGUAAUAGUUGCGAUAAUUUAACUGUCAUCAUCGUUUGUUUCUCCGAAGAUCCUCCACCACGGAUUGAGAUUCCUCCAUCCCGAGUCCGAAGGAGCAUAUCAGCAGAAGGUCUGAAUUUGCUAAAGGGUGCACUGGAUUGUAAUGCAUGAGCAACAGGAAUUUGCCUAAAGCGAGAAGAUCUGCAGCAGCUACUGAGGGGGUCAUGCUCCCUGCUUUCACCACGGACGACACGCUGCAACUUGCACCAGUUAGUGUGACUGACAUGAGAGUCCACUCAGAAACGAGCGAGAUGAUCCCUCCGGGUCAAAUUCAAUUCUUCAGCAUCUUGAGUCACCGCUCGUAUGUGAUUAUUUAUGUUGUGACGAUUUGAAUUCUUUUUCCCUCCCGUUUAUGUGGUUUGCCUGAACCGCAAUGGGUCUUCACCAUACAAGCAUUGUAAAUAGCUGGAAGUUGAAAAGCAUGAUGGCUCUGUCUUUCUGGUCUU